ACACUGGCUUGUAUCCUAUGCUUGUUAUCCAUCAUUUUGGAAUGAUCACCUGAUGUCAUCAGGUGAAAAUCACUGUUAUGUGUCAAGUGAAUAUGGAAAAAACUUUACAAACGGGCCUUGUCCCAAUGCUUUAGAAGAAUCCAAUCGGUUAUACCGGUGUGCCUCUCACUACAGAGUAUCCUCAAAUGAAACUGAUAUAAUGGAAGAAAUCAUGGACAAAGGACCAGUGCAAGCUAUAAUGAAAGUGUAUGAAGAUUUUUUCCUUUACAAAGAGGGAAUCUAUAGACACUCCCAGAAAGCAGGAUCUAAAUGGAAAACUCAUUCAGUCAAACUGCUUGGGUGGGGAGUAUUACCGGACAAAAAUGGACAGAAACAGAAGUUCUGGAUUGCUGCAAAUUCCUGGGGAAAAUCUUGGGGAGAAAAUGGUUAUUUUAGGAUUCUACGUGGACAAAAUGAGUGUGAUAUUGAGAAGCUGAUUUUAGCUGCUUUGGGAGAGCCGUAGUGUUCUGCUUUAAUUGUAUUGUACCAUACUCUGCUUUAUGUAUCUGGUCUUUCCAUUGUUGCAUACUGAGUCUUUCUAGAGAAAUAAAAAUAUCUUCUCU